UGGACUCACAGACACAAAAAUCAAAAGCACUUUCCCACUUCUUCCUUCUCUCAGCUACUAAGAGAGCUUCACACAAGUGAAACCACAAACCCUGAAUUUCAACUCAGCAAAUCUACACUCUCCAAAUCUUCCAAACUCACCAAUCCAUAUGGGAAAUGUGGUGGAAUUGAAGGUAGGGUUGCAUUGUGACGAGUGCAUCAGAAAAAUCCUGAAAGCCAUCAAGAAGAUGGAUGAAAUCGAAACAUACGAUGUUGACACACAGCUGAAUAAGGUCAUAGUUUCCGGCAACGUGACGGCAGAAGAAGUCAUCAGAGUUCUUCACAAGAUUGGGAAGGCAGCAAGCACUUGGGAGGAACAUGAAAUGAAGCCUGAGAACCAGUAAAACACACACAUCUCACACAACAUUUUAUCAGUUGUAAGCAUGGAGAUUUCCAAGUUCAUCUACUAACGAAUAGAGAAUUAUUAAGUACUAAUAUAGUAUUGUAGUUUGAUCUUAGUAAUAUUUAUCUUAUUUUUCAGA